AACACCUGUUUUCAACCUUUCCACGCCCAAUUUCUCCCACAUUUCCCCUUUUUUUUAUAAAAUUCUUUUUUUAUUCUUCUCAAUGUAAUAAAAAAAUAAAAAAACCACGCUCUCAAUUUUCAACUCUCCAACAUCUUUUUUCUUCCAUUUUUCUUCGUUGCCCGCAGUUGCUGUGUGAUCCAAUGUCGGAGCCGGACACUGGACCCGAAUUCUACGCGGGCCGGCCCAGGCCGUGGCGACCCAAUGAUCUGGUAAACGGGGGCGGAAGCGGCGUGGGAAGGGCAGCGUACGGCGUCCCAUCGGGCGGUGUGGCCGUGUGGCCCAAUGCGAGCGAGCCGGUGCCGCCGGAGACGCUGGGGGGACUUGUGCGGGAGUUCUCGAAAGCGGCGGCGGAGAUUGCCGUGGAGUUCGGGAAAGGGUGCAGGGAUAUAGUGCGGCAGAGCCUAGGGAAUCGGGACUCGGUGUUGGGGAGGAGCUUGGGGAAGGUAAGGGAGUCGUACUUGGGGAAGAGAGUGACGCAGCUUCGCAGGAAAUUGGGGAUCGUGAACGAGUAUCUGCCGGAAGAUAAGGAUCCGAUUCAUGCUUGGUCGGUGAUUGCCUGCGUCACGAUUCUUGCUUUUGCAGUGGUGUAUGUGAAUGUCGAAACUACUCCUUCCGGUCCUGCCCCGGAAGUAAAGAAGAUAUACAUUCAUCCUCCGAGUGCUGCCCGCGUAAUGCUUCCAGAUGGUAGAUUCAUAGCAUACAAGGAGCAAGGCGUUCCGGCUGACAGAGCUAGGUUUUCAAUCAUUGCUCCACAUUCUUUCCUUUCGUCCCGCCUCGCAGGAAUACCUGGACUCAAGGCUUCCCUGUUGGAAGAGUUUGGCGUUCGCUUAUUGACAUAUGAUCUUCCUGGUUUUGGAGAGAGUGACCCUCACCCCAACAGAAACCUUGAAUCUUCUGCAAUGGAUAUGUUGCUCUUAGCUGAUGCUGUUGGUGUGAAUGACAAGUUUUGGGUUGUGGGAUACUCGAGCGGAGGCUUGCAUGCUUGGGCAGCGCUCAGAUACAUUCCUGAUAGACUUGCAGGUGCAGCCAUGUUUGCUCCAAUGGUUAAUCCGUAUGAUUCAUUCAUGAAUAGGGAAGAGAGGCGCAGAACCUGGGAGAAGUGGACGCGAAGCAGAAAAUUUAUGUACUUUUUGGCUAGGAGGUUUCCUAGUUUUCUUUCUUACUUCUAUCACAGAAGCUUCUUAUCUGGAAAGCAUGGACAAAUUGAUAGAUGGCUGUCACUAUCUCUGGGAAAGAGGGAUAAAGCUCUAAUGGAAGACCCAAUCUACGAAGAAUUCUGGCAAAGGGAUGUGGAAGAAUCAAUUAGGCAGGGAAAUGCAAAACCCUUUGUGGAGGAAGCUGUUUUACAAGUGUCAAAUUGGGGUUUCAGCCUUGCAGACCUCAAAUUGCAGAAGAAAGAACGGGGGAAAGGCGUGGUCAAUUGGCUCAAGGCCAUGCUCACCUCUCAGGAGGAAUUAAUUGGCUUCCUUGGCCCAAUACACAUAUGGCAGGGGAUGGAUGAUAAGGUGGUCCCGCCAUCGAUGACUGACUUUGUGCACCGGAUUUUACCAGGAGCUGCAGUGCAUAAGCUCCCAUACGAGGGCCAUUUCACUUACAUCUACUUUUGUGAUGAAUGCCACAGACAGAUAUUCACCGCACUCUUUGGAACACCACAAGGGCCACUGAACUUCACAACAGAAGUAGAUCAAAGUCCUCUUGAAGGUACGGAAGAGCAGGAAGAAGAGGAAAGUCCUCUUGAAGGUACUGAAGAGCAGGAAGAAGAGGAAGCGCGUGGUGAUUCUGUUCCGGCACCAGCCGAGGCAUGAUUGUCCUAGUUUACUUCAGAGAGGUACAAUGUAUAUAUCAUAGGGUUACUACGUUACUCUUAGAGUAUGAAAAAAUCAAAGAAAGCAAAAAAUAAACGAAAAGAAAGAAUAGCUAAAGCAUCCUGUUAAUUCUGUUGCUCAGAGUUUUGGAUGUUAUCAGGUGGAGUAUGACUUUUGGAGGAAGUUUUGGCGAACAACAAAAAUAUACAAAGAAAUCGUAUCGUUUUGAUUUUCAAUCA